UGGGCUCGAGGGGGCGGUGAUGGGCUGGUAACUAAAAGGUUCAUCCUGUGUUACAGCUCGGGUCCUGCUUCAGAGAGAAAACACAGGCAGGUGUGAACUUUGACUCGUCGUCGUGGAGACAGUAGAGGAGGAGCAGUAGUAGAGGAGGGACGGCCAUCAACAGGAGGAGGAGGAAGAGGAGGAGGAAGGAAGAAGAAGAAGUGUCAGCAGCAGCAGCUCUCUCCACGGUGUCAUGGCUGCUGCUCUCAGUAACUCGGCGGCCGCCUCCAGUCCCAUGGUGAUCCUGGCGCCCAAGACCAAGACGAAGAAGAAACACUUCGUCCAGCAGAAGGUGAAAGUGUUCCGGGCCAGCGACCCGGUGCUCAGCGUCUUUAUGUGGGGCGUCAAUCACUCGAUCAAUGAUCUCAACCAGGUGCCUGUUCCCGUCAUGUUGCUGCCCGACGACUUCAAAGCCAACACUAAGAUCAAAGUUAACAACCACCUCUUCAACAAAGAAAAUCUUCCAGGACAUUUCAAGUUUAAGGAAUACUGUCCGCAGGUCUUCCGAAAUCUAAGGGAGCGGUUUGGUAUCGAGGAUCUGGACUAUCAGGUGUCGUUGACCCGGAGCCCCCCGAUGAGGAGCACAGAGGACCAGGGAGAGGGUCUGCUCCUCAACUCCUACGACCGCACGCUGGUCGUCAAGCAGAUCUCCAGCGAGGACGUAGCAGAUAUGCACAGCAUCCUGUCCGAGUAUCAUCAGCACAUAGUGAAGUGUCACGGUAGCACCCUCCUGCCGCAGUUCCUGGGCAUGUACCGGGUGAGCGUGGAGAGCGAGGAGACGUACCUGAUCGUCAUGAGGAACAUGUUCAGCCACAGACUGGUGGUGCACAGGAAGUACGACCUGAAGGGCUCUCUGGUGGCUCGUGAAGCAAGCGAUAAAGAAAGGGGGAAAGAGCUUCCUACCUUCAAAGACAUGGACUUCAGGAACAACAUGCAGAAGGUUUACGUGAACGAGGAGCAGAAAGAGAAGUUCAUGGAGAAACUCAACAAAGACGUAGAGUUCUUGGUGAAGCUGAAGAUCAUGGACUACAGCCUGCUGCUGGGUAUCCACGACACGGGCCGAGCGGAGCGGGAGGACGAGGAGGGCGAGGAGGUUUCCAACGAGGAAGAGCAGGAGGCGGAGAACGGGCUGACGGCGGGCGCGACGGUGGGCUCUUACGGCACAUCUCCGGAGGGAAUCGCUGGUUACAUGUCCUCCUGCAAACCUCUGGGGCCCGGCGAGUUCGACCCCUACGUGGACGUGUACGCCGUCGGGAGCUGCCCAGGAGCCCCUCAGAGGGAGGUCUACUUCAUGGGCCUGAUUGACGUCCUGACUCAGUACGACACCAAGAAGAAAGCGGCUCACGCUGCAAAAACUGUCAAACACGGGGCUGGUGCUGAGAUCUCCACGGUUCACCAGCAGUACGCCAAACGUUUCCGCGACUUCAUCUCAAACAUUUUUGCAUAACGCUCGGCUUUACGCUCCGACUGAGAGCGCCUAAAAAGUUUCUUUUACCAUUGACCAAAAAAAAAAAAAAAGAAAAGAAAAAAACAUAGUAUGCACACACAGGUCACUGGUCUGACGCGAGACGACUGACGUUGUAGCAAUAUAAUGUACUACUUCUGAUGCAUAUAUUUAUUUUUAAGAAUUAAGUUGUAUUUCUUGUAGAUAUUAAAGCACUCUUAAAACGGAAAUAACUCUGAAGCAAAAAACUGCUGUUGAUCAGUGUUCGAAGUGUUAGACCAGAUCAGUGCGAGAUCAAAUAUCCUUUUUUUUUUUUUUUCUUUAAAUGAGGAGUUUAAUAAUUUUUUUUUUAGUUUUUUUUGGAAAUGUGCUUAAUCCUGUUCUUGCUAAGAUUUAGACCAGAAGAUUGAUUCCCACACGCACAUCUGUAUCUGUACGUUGGAAAUAAAGAAACACAGCUAGCUUAGCUCUAAGAUUAAAAAGAGAGAGAAAAACCAACUGACUAAAUCAUCUCUAAAGCUCACUAAUUAACACAUUAUACCUCAUUUGUUUAAUUUGUACAACAAAUAAAAGAUAAGUUGUGAUUUUACUGGGAGUUAUACUCUAGCACUACCUUGUAAAACCUCAACUUUUUUGUUUUUAAUCUUCACUUUUUGUACAGAAUAAACUAAUUUUAACGUGUUCAUUUCGGCAGAUGUUUUAACCUUCAUACACAGAGCCAGGCUAGCUGUUUCCCUCCGUUUCCAGUCUUUGUGCUAAGCUAAGCUAACUCACCAAGCUGGCUGUAGCUUCAUAUUUUAAUCAAUCCUCUCAUCAAACUUCACGCAAAGAAAGCGAGUAAGCACAUUUCCUCACAUGUAGGACUAAUCAUUUAAAUACUAUAAAUAAUCUUAAAUGAAGGAUGGGUGUUCAAAAAAAAACAAACAAUGCUAGUCUUGACAGUACAGUUGAGAGAUCAUGUUAUUUAUCAGUAGAAGCAGGCCAUCUGAAUGUGUAGAGUGCCAAAUAAUGUGUGGGGAUCGAAGCUUUUAUCAGGAGCAGGAUUUGCACUUUAAAAAACAACAACAACAACAAUUAAAUCAACUUUGUAACAGAAAGACACAAUUUAAAUGGAUCAAAACACUAUUUUUCCAUUGAAGUUCUUUUCUACAUUUCUUUAAAAACUAAAACAAAAAGUCAUCAUCAUGAAAUAAUAACUGUGUGGUAUUUAAAUGGAAAGCAUAUCAGAUUAUUUAUCCUGUUGCCAGCCCACAGCCGGGGGUCGGACCACAUGACCGCAGAUCUGGACCCGCAUUCAUGAAGUGGCCGGUCCAAAUUUUAGGAUCAGUCCUGCCUUCUUUUUUUUUUCCUUCUUUCUUUCUUUUUUUAAUAAUGAAAUGCAUCACGUGUCGAUGUGGAAUUCAGACAUCAAAAAAACAAAAACAACACACACACACUUACUGGAAAAUGAGCCCAUCCAUCCAUCAUCAUUCCACUGGACUUUCUGAACAUGGUGUAGAGAUUUUGUGCAUUAAACCGGCUGACAUGCGCUACGUGAAUCAUCGUGAUAGGAUAAGAUUUAGGAACCUGUAGCAGUAGAACUCUAAGAACUCUUGUCUGUGUGUUAUUGUAAUGAUAUUUCAGAUUUUAGUGAUAACCAGGGUAAUCUGUGUAUGAACAUCUUUCCUCUUUUUUCUGACAGUAACACUACAUUUCAGUAGCUAAUGCAUUUAGCCUUAACACAGUGACAUAAUACAGCAUUCAACAAACACUGGCCAGGCAGUAUAGAUACAGGACUCUCUGUAUGAUGCCUCAUCUACUCAAUGAUUGCACAUGUUGUAUUUUUGCAAAUCAGCUUUUGGACCAAAAUAUAUUUUACAAAGAACUCUGGGAAAGUG